GGCGCGGUCGCCGGAAGUGUGUGGCCGCCGGGGCCAUGGCGGCGCUCAGCGUCCUCUGCCUGCUCCUCGGGGCAGCGUCCUGGCCGCCCGUUGCAGCCUCGGGCGAGGAGUUCUGGCCGGGCCAGUCGGCAGCCGACAUCUUGUCGGGGGCGGCGUCCCGCAGACGGUACCUCCUGUACGAUGUGAACCCCCCGGAGGGCUUCAACCUCCGCAGGGACGUCUACAUCCGAGUCGCCUCCCUCCUGAAGACGCUGCUCAAGACCGAGGACUGGGUGCUGGUCCUGCCGCCCUGGGGCCGCCUCUACCACUGGCAGAGCCCCGACAUUCACCAGGUCCGGAUCCCCUGGGCCGACUUUUUCGACCUUCCGAGUCUCAACAGGAACAUCCCGGUCGUUGAGUACGAGCAGUUCAUCGCAGAGUCCGGCGGGCCCUUCAUAGACCAGGUGUACAUCUUGCAAGGCUACGCAGAAGGCUGGAAGGAGGGCGCCUGGGAGGAGAAGGUUGACAGCCGGCCCUGCAUCGAGCCGCCGCUGUACUCGCAGGACAAGCACGAGUACUACAGAGGAUGGUUUUGGGGUUACGAAGAGACGAGGGGGCUAAACGUUUCCUGUCUGUCUGUUCAGGGAUCGGCGUCCAUCGUCGCGCCCGUGCUUUUGAGAAACACGUCCGCACGGUCCGUGAUGUUGGACCGAGCCGAGACCCUCCUGCACGACCACUACGGGGGAAAGGAGUACUGGGACACGCGGCGCAGCAUGGUGUUUGCCAGGCACCUGCGGGCGGCGGGCGACGCAUUCCGGAGCAGUCGCCUCAACUCCACCGACGCGGCCGACAGGACCCCCUCCACGGAGGACUGGACUGAGAGGAAGGUCCAGCUGGGCUCCUCGCUGGGCGGCCCGUACCUCGGCGUCCACCUGCGCAGGAAGGACUUCAUCUGGGGGCACAGGCAGGACGUGCCCAGCCUGGACGGGGCCGUGAGGAGGAUCCGCAGCCUCAUGAAGGCGCACCGGCUGCCCAAGGUGUUCGUGGCCACGGACGCCGCCAGGAAGGAGCUGGAGGAGCUCAAGAGGCUGCUGCCGGAGAUGCUGCGCUUCGAGCCCACGUGGGAGGAGCUGGAGCUCUACAAGGACGGCGGCGUGGCCAUCAUCGACCAGUGGAUCUGCGCGCACGCCAGGAGGAGAGAGAGAUCCUGGGCUUGGACCCCACGACCACGUACAACCGGUUCUGUGGGGACGAGGAGAAGGCGUGCGAGCAGCCCACGCACUGGAAGAUCGCGUACUGAGCGGCUUCCCCGGGCCCGCGUUAUCCUGGGGUGUGUGCGCCCCGGUCGGGGGCUGGGAGGCUGUCGCCCCUCGGGUCUCAGGCCUGGAGCCACACCGUGUCUGCCCCACGCUGUCUUUGCGGUGACCCGGCACUGCCACAUCCCUGGGAUUCGGGCUGUGUUUGCGUCGGGAUCUGGAACCGCGUCUGCCCAGCCAGUGGGACCCCGUGACACCACGGAGGUGCCGGCUUGUCCUUCGUGACCUUGGCCUGGAGGGCUUUCCAGCAGCGGCGCCCGGGCUGCUCCCAUCCUGGGGGCAGGUGGCCGUGGCGCUGCCCCUGCCCGGAUGGGGCGCGCUGUCCUUUCACCCCCUGUGGCGGCCCCAGAGCAGAGCCCUGAGUCCUGCCCUCCCUGCGCGGGAGCGCGUGCAACCUUCACAGCAGGCGGAGCAGGUCGAGGCCUUUGGGGGCCCGUGACACCCCGUGCUCCUCCCACCCCUACACACACACCUCCGACACCCCACCAGCCAAAGGGCCCCCCCCACACACACCCCCACCCCACCAGCCAAAGCACCAGAACGUUCCUGGCAGGUGUGGUGGUUCGUGUGCUUACCCAGGCGGCCCCUCCCUGGCCGUUGGCAGGGUCGCCCCGGUGUCUGGCCUGUGACGGCCGCAGCAGCGGCAGCAGCACCGGGAGCGGCCAGGUGCUGGUCCUGGAAGCCCUGCUCCCCUUGGGCGGGGGUGGGGCCGAGAGGAGAGCAGUCGCGCCAGCCUCAGUGGCGUCUCAGCACGGCCACCACCAGGACACUGCCCGGGGCCCCCGUCAGGCCCCUCUGACCCUGCGCCCCCAGUUCCCACCACCCCUGGUGAUUGGUGAGAACCCGAGCUCAGCCUGGAGCCUGCAGAGCCCUCGAGUCCAGGGUCCCCAGAGCACGAGCCCUUCCCGUGUCUCCUCCCGAGGUGGCCCCGUGCUCGGGCUGGCCCGUGGUGUCCCAGGUGUGCGGGGAGAAGGGCCAGGUGUUUAUUCUUCCCCUGUCUGUACACCGAACGCUGAUAAAGUGAGUUUUCUAGAAA